AUGGAAGGGAUUCCUCCAGACGGGGCUUCAUCUUCAUCAUCAGCCGUCAGGGCUCCUCCUUUGAGGGACGAGGAAAUUGCCCGAAUCUUGAAUCAUGGCAGUGAAGAGGAUGCUGACAGCGAUGAUGAAGAUGAAGAUUUAGUUCAGCCAGUGCAUCUGCCGAGGAGAGCUGAAAGACUUUUUAUGUCUGAGGAAGACACUGAGGUGCCACCGAUAAACGCUGCUAUAGGCUUUGAGUGGCCACCUCAACUUCCCUCCGGCCUGCAGCCCCAACCUAGCGCCCAGCCCGAACCCGAACCCAACGCCGAGCCUGAACCCGAUGGCCCUAUUAGUAGCAUUCGUUCGCACGCCAUCUACGAAUUAGGAAGACAAACGUUGCCACAAAAGUACUAA